UUACACCCUUGUAGUAGACUGUAGAGACGAUCGCUCCCAACUUGAACCAUGCACUCUCAAACUACCAUUUCUCGUUUCCCCUCACUCUCAACCCAAACCCACUUCGAAUCACUGAUUUCCUUCAUCAAAUCCACCACCAAAACAACCCAACUGCUUCAAAUCCAUGCAUACCUCCUUCGCACAUCCCUCAUUCAAAACACAACCUUUUCUGUCCCGUUUUUGAACCGCAUAUCACUGCCACCACUCCAAAAUCUAACCUAUUCUCUCCGCACAUUCUCUCAAAUUUCAAGACCCAUUGUCACACACUACAACACCAUCAUCAGAGCUUAUGCAAUGAGCAAGUAUCCGGAAAAAGGGUUUUACGUCUACAGGGAUAUGAUGCGGAAAGGUAAAAGUCCCAAUUCUCAAUCUUUAUCCUUUGUUACUAAAUGCUGUACAAAGGGUUGUUCGGUUUUCGGGGGGUUGCAGGUUCACGCAAGGAUUUUGAGAGAUGGGUAUUGUUCUGAUACACUUUUGCUCACUACUUUGAUGGAGUUUUAUUCGGGUGGUGGGAAGGGUGAUGAUGCGUGCAAGGUGUUUGAUGAAAUGCCUCAACGAGAUACUGUUGCUUGGAAUGUGUUGGUUUCGUGUUAUACGCGAAAUGGAAGGACGCGUGAUGCGUUGGACGUGUUUGAUAGAAUGCAGAGGGGAGAGCAUGGGUGUGAUCCGGAUGAUGUUACGUGUUUGCUAGUACUUCAGGCUUGUUCUAACAUGUGUGCAUUCGAGUUCGGUGAGCGCGUUCACCGAUAUGUUAAAGAUCAUGGUUAUAGUCAUGCUCUCAACAUAUGCAAUUCUCUUGUAGCAAUGUAUUCAAAGUGUGGUCAGCUGGACAAAGCUUAUGAAGUAUUUCAAGAAAUCCCUAAUAAGGAUGUUGUUUCUUGGACUGCGAUGAUCUCGGGUUUUGCGAGCAACGGGCGUGGAAGAGAAGCAAUCAAUGUGUUUAGAGAAAUGCAGAGAAUGGGUAUCUCCCCAGAUGAGCAGACAUUCACAGCUUUGCUUUCUGGUUGUAGCCAUUCUGGGUUGCUCGAUGAAGGAAGGUCGAUUUUUGAUCGUAUGCAGCGAGAGUUCGGUUUGGUGCCCAAUAUCCACCACUAUGGGUGUGUGGUUGAUCUCAUGGGUCGUGUGGGGUUGGUUGAAGAUGCCUAUGAGCUUAUCGUUUCCAUGAACUGUAAACCGGAUGCAACAAUAUGGAGAACUUUGCUCGGGGCUUGCAAAGUACAUGGUAAUCUCACACUUGGCGAACGAGUGAUUGAACGUUUGAUCGAACUCAAGGCACAAGAAGCAGGCGAUUACAUUCUACUUUUGAACAUCUACUCAUCUGCUGGCAAUUUGGAGAAAGUAAUAGAAUUGAGGAAACUGAUGAAAGAGAAAGGGAUCCAAACAACCCCGAGUGCUAGUACAAUCGAGCUAAAAGGGGAAAUACAUGAGUUCAAAGUUGAUGAUACUUCACACCCACGGAUUAAUGAAGUUUAUGAGAUACUGGAUGAGAUCGAGAAGCAACUGAAGAUCGGUGGUUACAUUGCUGAAAUAACCGACGUCAGGUUAUCAUAUCACAGUGAGAAACUAGCCAUGGCUUUUGGAGUUCUAGCAACUCCACCCGGGACUAAAAUUAGAGUGGCUAAGGACCUGCGAAUAUGCACGGAUUGCCAUAAUUUCGCAAAGAUGCUCUCGGCGGUUUAUAGUAGAGAGGUUACUAUAAGAGAUCGUACACGCUUUCAUCAUUUCAGGGAAGGUCGAUGUUCAUGUAAUGAUUUCUGGUAGAAAUGUUUGUUGUUACGACAUAAGUUUUGACUUGGAUUAUACAUUUAUAGGCAAUAUUAGACAUUGGCAUUUAUGAGAUGGUUUUAAAAACUUACUACAAAAAA